CUCCGCUUCGAAGCAUCCCACACUCCCACCUCUCUGGCCCUCUCCAUCUCCCUUACAAGCAACGAUGUCGAAGUUCGCGGCUACGGUGUUGUCGGUGCUGCUCUGCGCCACCUGCCACGUUUCCUUAGCUCUCAUCGACGGAUUAUUGCCAAAUGGCAACUUCGAAUACGGGCCGAAGCCGUCGCAGAUGAAAGGGACGCUGGUGACGGACGCCCACGCAAUACCGGAAUGGGAACUUACCGGUUAUGUGGAGUACAUCAAGUCGGGGCAGAAGCAGGGUGAUAUGUUGCUAGUAGUACCUGAGGGAGCUUAUGCAGUAAGGCUGGGGAACGAGGCUUCAAUCAAGCAGAAAGUGAAGGUGAUCAAGGGAAUGUACUAUUCAAUAACCUUCAGCGCAGCUCGCACCUGUGCGCAAGAGGAGCGCCUGAAUGUGUCCGUGGCGCCGGACUCCGGCAUCCUUCCCAUGCAAACUAUGUACAGCAGCAAUGGCUGGGACUCCUAUGCCUGGGCCUUCCAAGCUGAUUAUCCAGAGGUGGAGAUAGUCAUCCACAACCCAGGCGUGGAGGAGGAUCCCGCCUGUGGCCCACUCAUUGAUUCCAUCGCUCUCAAGGCUCUUUAUCCUCCUCGGCCAACCGGCAAGAACCUUUUGAAGAAUGGAAAUUUCGAAGAAGGCCCUUACGUGUUCCCAAACACAUCCUGGGGGGUCCUCGUCCCACCUAACAUUGAGGAUGAUCACUCUCCUUUGCCUGGUUGGAUGAUCGAGUCCCUCAAGGCCGUGAAGUACAUCGAUGCCGAGCAUUUCUCCGUGCCAGAGGGAAAACGAGCUGUGGAGCUUGUUGCCGGGAAGGAGAGUGCCAUUGCGCAGGUAGCUCGGACCGUCCCGGGCAAAGCUUACGCACUCAUGUUCGCCGUAGGUGAUGCUAACAACAGAUGUGAAGGGUCCAUGGUGGUGGAGGCAUUCGCUGGUCGGGACACAGUGAAGGUCCCAUAUGAGUCCAAGGGAACUGGUGGCUUCAAGCGUGCUGUGCUCAAGUUUACAGCCGCUUCCCCUCGCACCCGCAUCAUGUUCCUGAGCACAUUCUACACCAUGAGAAGCGACGACAUGGCCUCCCUCUGCGGACCUGUGGUCGACGAUGUAAAGCUGUUGAGCAUUCGCAACCCACGACGCGUUUGAGCCGAUCGAGUGAGCGCAUCGCUUAUAGCAGGCAUGCAUAAUGUGUAUUACUAAGCUUCUUCCAGUAAUAUACUUAGAUAUAGACCAUUUCCUGGCCAUCCUCCUCUGAUCAUCCUGGAGGAAACGUUAACUUCUUCUUUGAAGCAAAAGGUCUCUAAGGCUCAGGUUCAGGCGAUAGAGUACAACAACGGGGAUACCUAAAAAUGUUUUUGCUGCAAAGCAAGCAAGAGGCCGUAGUGUUGAGUUUAGCAUGUUCUCUGGUAAUAAUAUAUGUAUUACCAAAAUGUUAUAGAUAGAAAUUAAGUUGAUUGAUACCAGCAGUGUGAGAUCUCAUUAAGUGUCUAUGUAGCUUUGGCAAAAAUAAAAGGAAUUGAAGAUGGAAACAUAUUUGUGAUUUGAUGAUUACCUUUAU